AUGCGGCAAGUCCUUGAUAGGUUGAAGGUAGGAGAGGAUGAUGAGAGCACUGAGAUGAGUCCAGUGCUUCAUCAGACUAAGUAUGGUUCUAUGAAUCUGGCAGAGUUCACGAAGCAUGGGCUGAAGGGGCCAGACACUGGGUGCAGUGCAAAGAUUGAGAUGUAUACAAACAACAUCAAAUGGAACUUGAUCACAAUCAACAUCAGAAGCCAUAGCAAAGAGGGGAUCAUAGUAUUUCCAAAUCUGAGUUAUCUAUUACCACAACAAUGGAACCAGGUCCACUAUUACACUCUGUUACUCAGGCUUGCUAUCAAGAUGUAA